GAGCUUGAAGCGGCCGGUGAUUGUAUAGAAGCGCCGUUAAAAGUUCUCCGGCGGUGCAGUUCCAGUGCUUUGUGGUUAGAAAAUAGCAUUGUGUGGUGAAGGGAUUCAAAAUACAACGUAAUACAACGGGAGGGUUUUGGGGUUUUUUUUUGCAUCAAGAUCAUGGACAACCAUCAUCAUUUAUUCCCACUCUUUUCCUGGGCAUUGUUACGUACGCUGAAGGCCUGACCCGUCUGUCUGCGAUUAUGACAAUGUUCUGAUCGCGUGUUCUGUGUUUUUGUGUGAGUGCGUGUGUGUGUUUGCGUGUUUUACAAAGAGGAGGAAUCUUCUUAGACUCCCAUUGUCACACGGGCCAUCCCGUUAGCAUGCGAUUCUUACACAGUGAAGUCCCUCCUUUGGUCAUACACCCCAUUGCUGCACAUCGUUUCAACGCCACAUCUUCAAAUAUUAGUGCGGGCAUACAUAAUUUUUUUCCUUAGUGAUUCUGAUCUGCCAAAGUCAUUCUGUUGCGCCGGUUCUCCUUACGCGUCCAAAUACGCGCCAAAAUUGCAAAAGUGUUGCACAGGCGAGCAAUAACCGCGCUAAUUAGGAUACAUUUCGAAUUAUACUUAUCGUAAUUUAAUAUUGUUUACAGUCGAGUGAGUUGUAUUUGAUGAUGCCGCGACAUUUCAACUGAAGGAGAGAUUCGAUGUUUGCCAUACCCAUUCGGAUGUUCCCUGAUUGUUCUGCUUAGUGGCUGUUUCAAUUGGUUUUGUAUGUGUGUGCUCACGUUGAUUUUUUUUCGUGACUGAAUUCGUUGCUGUCGUUGUGUUCUUUUUUUAUAUCAUUCUUAAUUUUGCAUCCAUAUUCUUGCCUGCUACAUUGGGCUGAACAAUAUAUGGAUUGAAUCCAUUCAGCGAUGUGCUCGAGCCUUAAUGCGGGCACAAAGCGCUAUGGUUUUGUGGUUUGUCCAAGUGAGAUAAGGGGAAGUUGUUUUGUUCUCCAUUUUGAUUUCUUCGUCGCGCGUCGCUGUUAGACCAAGGAUAAUGUAUUUAGAAGGUUGAUUUUUAUCGCUUUUGCUGGGCGACAUUGUGGGGGACAUCUGUCAUUCUCUGCAUACAAAUUUCAUUACCCUGCACCAGCCCUCCCCGAUUUUUAUACCGGAGCCCCCGGAAGAGAAAUGUCAAGUCGAGAAAUGUCAUUUUGCUCUGAACAACUUCACCUUGUCAUUUAUAACACCUUGUGUUAGACCGGGUUUUAGCGAUUGUUUUUCACAUCCAGGAAAUAAAUGUAAACCUGGCAUUAUUUGCGACACAUGUGAUUUUUUUGUUGGUAAAAAAUAACAGAUAUUAACCCAUUUGAUUAACAAUCAGCAAAUAAUGCUUCAAAAUCUGUGAUAAAAGUUCGUGAAAUUGUUUUGUCCCAGAAAAUCGAAGGACCUUCCUGAGACCGUUGAGCUUAAAAUCCAUAUCAUUGUAGUAUACAUUGAAGCUAUUUUAUAUUGUACUGUAAACAUUUGAUGUAUAAACUUAAUUGUAACGCUGCACUCGUACACAGUUGCUACGGGAUCGGUUUUGGUCAUUUUUCCGAUUUAUUUUUGUUGUUUCUCAUUUUUUUUAUAGUUUCAACGAUUGAUUUGGUUUACCCAGAAAUGUUAGACUUUUGGUAUCGAAUUGCAAUGGGAAGAUUCCAAUAAAUAGUGGGAACGAGCCAAAAAUAUGUUUUAACAUUAUCAUUGUUUUGUUUGUUUGAUUUAUCUUUUUAUGUGGUGUGUUUGCUCGUGUAAUCCUGCGAUACCCUCCAGAACAGGAUGAGCCAAGCAGCUGAAGGGAGUGAUACCGGUAACGGUGUACCAUCGUCACCGAUAGCCAGAAGUGUGGCCGAGUCCAGUGCAACCCCUUGGCGUCCGAUGACGUUUCCGGACUUGCGUGGGUUCCCCGCCGCACAGCAGCUGUACGGUUUGCCGGUUCCGAUCGAUUUGAGCUUCCUACGCUCACCUGUCAGCAGUGAUGAGGGGGCAUCGGGACAGCCGUGGCAGCAGCAGCAGCAUGCCGACUUACCGUCCCAGGUACUUUUACCCACUUUCCAGGUUUCUAUUUUCGAUAGAAUUGCACGCUUUCGAAAACAUCAACCGUAUAACGAUUCUCAAACGUUGCAGGUAAUUACACCUCGGGAGGACGAGCUGGUGCGCUGGUGGUUGCGUGUUUUACAAAGAGGAGGAAUCUUCUUAGACUCACAUUGUCACACGGGCCAUCCCGUUAGCAUGCGAUUCUUACACAGUGAAGUCCCUCCUUUGGUCAUACACCCCAUUGCUGCACAUCGUUUCAACGCCACAUCUUCAAAUAUUAGUGCGGGCAUACAUAAUUUUUUUCAUUAGUGAUUCUGAUCUGCCAAAGUCAUUCUGUUGCGCCGGUUCUCUUUACGCGUCCAAAUACGCGCCAAAAUUGCAAAAGUGUUGCACAGGCGAGCAAUAACCGCGCUAAUUAGGAUACAUUUCGAAUUAUACUUAUCGUAAUUUAAUAUUGUUUACAGUCGAGUGAGUUGUAUUUGAUGAUGCCGAGACAUUUCAACUGAAGGAGAGAUUCGAUGUUUGCCAUACCCAUUCGGAUGUUCCCUGAUUGUUCUGCUUAGUGGCUGUUUCAAUUGGUUUUGUAUGUGUGUGCUCACGUAGAUUUUUUUUCGUGACUGAAUUCGUUGCUGUCGUUGUGUUCUUUUUUUAUAUCAUUCUUAAUUUUGCAUCCAUAUUCUUGCCUGCUACAUUGGGCUGAACAAUAUAUGGAUUGAAUCCAUUCAGCGAUGUGCUCGAGCCUUAAUGCGGGCAAAACAAAGCGCUAUGGUUUUGUGGUUUGUCCAAGUGAGAUAAGGGGAAGUUGUUUUGUUCUCCAUUUUGAUUUCUUCGUCGCGCGUCGCUGUUAGACCGGGUUUUAGCGAUUGUUUUUCACAUCCAGGAAAUAAAUGUAAACCUGGCAUUAUUUGCGACACAUGUGAUUUUUUUUUUGGUAAAAAAUAACAGAUAUUAACCCAUUUGAUUAACAAUCAGCAAAUAAUGCUUCAAAAUCUGUGAUAAAAGUUCGUGAAAUUGUUUUGUCCCAGAAAAUCGAAGAACCUUACUGAGACCGUUGAGCUUAAAAUCCAUAUCAUCGUAGUAUACAUUGAAGCUAUUUUAUAUUGUACUGUAAACAUUUGAUGUAUAAACUUAAUUGUAACGCUGCACUCGUACACAGUUGCUACGGGAUCGGUUUUGGUCAUUUUUCCGAUUUAUUUUUGUUGUUUCUCAUUUUUUUUAUAGUUUCAACGAUUGAUUUGGUUUACCCAGAAAUGUUAGACUUUUGGUAUCGAAUUGCAAUGGGAAGAUUCCAAUAAAUAGUGGGAACGAGCCAAAAAUAUGUUUUAACAUUAUAAUUGUUUUGUUUGUUUGAUUUAUCUUUUUAUGUGGUGUGUUUGCUCGUGUAAUCCUGCGAUACCCUCCAGAACAGGAUGAGCCAAGCAGCUGAAGGGAGUGAUACCGGUAACGGUGUACCAUCGUCACCGAUAGCCAGAAGUGUGGCCGAGUCCAGCGCAACCCCUUGGCGUCCGAUGACGUUUCCGGACUUGCGUGGGUUCCCCGCCGCACAGCAGCUGUACGGUUUGCCGGUUCCGAUCGAUUUGAGCUUCCUACGCUCACCUGUCAGCAGUGAUGAGGGGGCAUCGGGACAGCCGUGGCAGCAGCAGCAGCAGCAUGCCGACUUACCGUCCCAGGUAAUUACACCUCGGGCAGACGAGCUGGUGGAAGCCGAUGUCAGUGGUGCUCCAGUGGCUCCAAUGAGAAUUAAAUCCGCUGGGCUGGUCCCGAGAGCUAGUGGCGCCGUAGCGGUAGUGGAACCGUAUCAACACGAGACCGGGUCUGAUGAUGAAGCAAACGAACAAGACUCGUCGGAAUUGGACGACGUUAUGAUUCCCGCAUGUCCAACUGCUAUUAGCGCACCGAUAUUUUUGCAACCCGAAAAUGAGGAAGCAAAUAUGACAGCAUUCAAUGGUGCUGCAUCGAUUGCUAACCCGUGCUGGCCACCGCUGCAUGAGCAUACGGAACAGCCCGACCAGCAACUAUCCGUCGAUGUUCCAAUCAUAGUUAAACUAAUCGGUAGAGCAGGAUCGUACAGUUCACUGUACGCGAUUUGGUACGCUCAAUUGGGAAGCCACGAUAUCAUGGAGCGUAUCCCGGAUUGCGUCAUAUUUGACCCAGAGCUGCCACCGGAUCACCAGGGACCCCCACCGAUACUUACAUCGCUUUUGCUGCAACGCAGAAUGUCGACUGGCGAGCUGGUGACGGUUCCGUAUGGCCCGAAGCAGAUGCCUGGCCAUUCGAUUGAAUAGGAUGUGCCCACGAAAACGGUGCAGCUAUCGGUAAACCAAACCUACCCUUGUUUGUACCCUUAUUGGAGAAAGUGGACCAAUUUUGAGGAUUAAUUUUACUUUAAUACAAUGUAUUUUGGUAAAAAAUCAUUUAAACGUUAAACAUUUGUACGACUAUAUUUUGUACUAAUAUUUGAAGUCAAUAAAGAAAACAAUAUUUUUGAAGAGUUCAUACCGCAUAACAAAGACAUGAUAUAUGUUUCCUUUAUUCCUUCGGCAUACUCUCCCUAAAUGGUCGACUGUUUGCAUUAAACCACGUGCCGUCUUCAGUAU